AUGUUAUAUUCAAAGAAUAAGGGUAACUCAAACACAGCCUGUUCAACUGUACAAACAAAUGAAAAUACAAGUUUGGUGCCAUCAGGUUGUUCAACACCAGGGUGUCACUGUAAUGGUUCUGCUAUUGUGUCUUCUCAAUCAUCUAACCCAAUUACUACUCAAAGAUGUUAUGUAACAAGUACUGGAUGUCAUGAAGCGGUUGUUACAACCACAACUCAAGAAGUCCGUAGUCAUAAAUGCCCACCUAAGGUACAGCAGAUUCAUGAGCAUGUUACCCAACCAAUAACUCAUACUUGUAUAAGUACUUUAGAUUGCCUCAAUUACAAUACUUCUGCAAUAUGUUGUACUAAUAUAGAGUGUGUCUGUAACCAAAGUUGUCUCUCAUGUCAUUCUGGUUGUAAUUGUAAACCUUAUCAUUAUGGUCAUCAUCAUCAUGGUCAUCAUCAUCAUGGUCAUCAUCAUGGUCAUCAUCAUGGUCAUCAUCAUGGUCAUCAUUAUGGUCAUCAUCAUCAUGGCCAUCAUUAUAAUGGUCAUUACAUAGACCAAUGUAAUAAUAAUCAAAACUGUUGUUUAAACUGUAAUUGCUGCUGUGCCUCAACAGUACAAACUACUGUUUACCCUGUAUACAUGUCAUACCCAAACUAUAACCAAGGUAGGAGUAUUGAAGUCCCUUAUACAGGAUAUCCAAUACAAGGUAGUGGCUAUCCACAAAUAACAUCUACACCUUACAUAUAUUAUUAA